AUUUCAAGGGAAGCAUCUGGAAUGGCGACACCAGCGAAGAAUAUCGAGGGUUUCUACAAGCAAAAGAAGAGCAACACUUCCAAAUCAAAAUCAACCAAACAUGCCGCCGCUACCUCCAGUUCCAGUAUAGCCCAACCGCCGGCCCUCGUUUCCCAGGGCGGUUCUCUCGAUCUCAAAGAUGAUUUCGACGAGGAGGAGCAAGUGCUGAGGCAAUUUGAUAUGAACAUGGCGUUCGGACCAUGCAUUGGGAUACCGAGGCUUGAUCGCUGGGAAAGAGCUCAAGCAAUGGGUCUGAACCCUCCCAAGGAGAUUGAAAGCAUUCUCAAACGUUGUAAAGUGAAGCCACAAUCUUUAUUUGAUGGUCGCAUUUAGUGGGUAUUUUAGUUCAGAUGAUGAAAUCAUUGUACAUGUUCUGGAUUUUCUCCUUGAACGUUGUCAUGAAACUGUGGAGAUUAGCUGCUCUUAAAUGGACAGAUUACAACUCUCCAAACUCUUCUUUAGUUUCCUUCUAAAGAACA